UGAGGGGAGGGGACAGGCAGAGAUCAGCUGAAUCAUAUAUGAUACAACGAUGAAGAAGAGGAAGAACGCUUCUCAUUCUCUUACCUCUUUGGCCUCUCGUCCAAACCCUAAAUUCCCAAUUCGUCACCAACCAUUUACUCCAAGCAUUCUCCUCCAUUCGCGAAGUAACCAUCGUCUGCUGAAGUCGCCAUUGUCGCUCCUCCGGGAAGUAUUGUAGACGCCGACUGUAGUUGGUUUGAUUGAUUGCAUCGUGGAGCUCUUUGCAUUUCCUCCAAUAUUUGGUUGUUCUCCCUUCGUCAGCCAGCGGAGAAGUACUUUCAUGGCCGCCAACGGCCUGCUGACAUUAGGCCGAGUGAAGCUCAGCGAUCUUAUCGCCACCGACGGCGUCCCUUCCGAUUCCUACAAGCUAUCAGUCUCUACUCUAUCCCAGUCUCUCUCUCAGUACUCCGCCGCCAUCAUUCAAUUCUCAUCCAGCGACGGAGCUCUCUUGAGGUCGGGUUUGGAUUCCGCGCGCCUCUACUUCCACCAGAGGCCAUCGUUCCCCGACGUGAUUGAGAGUGACGAUUCCCGCGAGUGGUGCAGGACGUCUGGUUACUUCGCUGAUCCUCAGUUGUGGCAGGAGACAUACGAUUACAGACCUGGUUUAACGCCUCUCGACGAGCAUUCUUCAAUCAACUCCGUUGAAUUCCUCCCUCCUCCUGGAGCCUUGCCUGACAUUUUUGCUCUGCUGGGGAGAGCUGCUCGGGGUAUCUUGGAUGCAAUUAGCUUCUAUUUGAAUUUGCGCAGCUCGCCUUUCGCUGAAAUACUCGAUAAUAUGCCCUUGAGAGGUCGAGAGAUAUCGUCUUCUGUGUUAUCGGUUUGCUGUCACGCAAGGCCGUCGUUUCAGGGAGCUCAUGGCCAAAUGGGUGGUUUGUGUGAAGACGACAAUCACCAUGUCGACAAGAGCUUGAUAUCGCUGGUUAAGUCGGAUAAAGCAGGGCUUCAUAUUAGAGACUUUAAUGGGAGAUGGGUUCCUGUAGAUGGUGAUCUUGGUCCUCAAGAAGCUAUUGUUUUCCCAGGGCUUGCACUUUACCAGGCGACAGCAGGUUAUGUGAACCCUGCGCUUCAUAGAACCGAUACUGGUAGCGGCAUGCAGAGUAAUAUGUAUGGAAGAUGUUCUUUGACAUUUAAGCUUAUGCCAAAAUCGAUGACCAAUCUUAGUUCGUCGGAGAUGAGAGCAGCUGGGCACGGUGUUGAAUCUCAGUUCCAGCUGCCAGUGCUAGUGGAUGACUUUAUGCAGAGGUCACACACUACUGAUUAUAUAUUGAACAAGCACGGAUAUCAGGGCUUCGGGUUCCCCUCCUCUCAAGACGGAUCUGUGAUGAAGCCCGCAAUGAAGAGAAGAAAGAGUAACGAUUCAAGAUGCAAACCUCUACCGCCUUCAAAGAGGUUGCGGCUCGAUGCACAGAGGGUACUCAAGGAGAGAGUUCAGGAUAUUGCUGAUAAGAAGGGGAUCAAGCUCAGGUUCUGUAACUUAAAAGAGUGUGAGAGUCAUGUUAAUGAUGUAGAUAGUCCUUGUGCCAAUAUCAGAAUGGAGAUUGGGUGGCCACCUGGCGUGCCGUUCGUUCACCCUCACGACUUGCCUAACAAGGCAAAGAUGGGGUUUCUCGAAGCAUACGAGCCUGGUUGGACUGCAACUCAAGAUAUAGAUAUGGGUCUUACAGAAUCUGGACGAGGUGGCAGUCAGCACUCAGACAUUCUGUAGCUGAACUAGCCUUUGAGAUGUAUGUCUGAAAGCUUCUGCUGGAAAUUUUGGUUCAAAAUCAAUCCUGAACACUGCACAGGCCAUGAAGCUUCUUCUUAGGUGAAAGCCCUCAUUGUCAGUUCGCCUCCUGAGUCAUGACACAAGGAGAUAGGCUUGCAGCGGUAAUGUUGCAUUGGUUGGUGUGCUUUGAUCCUGGCUCCUUUCUUACUGCAACUUCAUCGAUGCCCAUAAGAAGUGUUCCGCCGGACUGUAGUACUCAUCAAUCAAAGUCUCCGCUUAGGGCCCAUCAGCCCUUAGUCCACUCUGUCGCAUGUUCCGGUGAUAAGGAGUUACCAGGUGCAAACUGCUGGUCAAGCCAUGCUCUAUUCGAUCUUUUGACAUGUAUGAAAUGUGUAAGUUAAGGUACAAAGAACAAGAAAAAAGACGAGAAAGGAUCAUCUGUAACUGUGGGAAAUGUACUAUGCAAUGGGUUUUAGAAGUCUGAAAUAGUUUCUUGAUUAAGAGUGUUUUGUUUA